UCACUUGACCGUUACCUGAGACAUGGCAUCAGCAGAUCAAAUUCACCAAAUACUGAGAAGGCAUCUUUUGGAAGAGCUUCUUUCAAAAUUUGAGAGGGCACUCUUGAGAUCUCCACUUGACUGGGAUUACAUGGAGUUUUUGUCGCGCCACCAGCUGUACCUUCUUCACGCUCUCUCAAGACAUGUGGAAAUACCAAAAGAAAUCAUCCAGGCUCUGCAGGCACUGUUUGAACUAGUCAAACAACCACCAUAUUCCACAGCUCCACAUGUAAUGGUGGAUGUAACAGUUGGUCUGAGAGGACGUCCAAGGUUUGCAAUUGAAAGAGAAGAGUUAGCGGAGAUGUUGCAGACAAACCUUCCUGUGCAUUACAUUGCAAAAAUGAUGGGUGUUUCCACCAGAACCAUUUUUAGAAGGAUGAAUGAUUUUGGCCUUUCCAUCUCAGGAUUGUAUAGCUGCAUUAGUGAUGAGGAAUUGGAUAACCCUGUGAGAACUAUUAAAGAAGAUAUGCCUGCUGCUGGUUACAGAAUGGUCAGAGGCCGGUUGAUGCCUUUAGGUAUGCAUGUACAAUGGCAGAGAAUAGCAGCUUCUAUGCACAGAGUUGAUUCAGUGGGAAUUCUUUCAAGACUGGCCAGAUUGGGAUGUGUGGUGCGAAGAAAGUACUCAGUUCGAGGGCCCCUGUCUCUUAUGCAUAUAGACACGAAUCACAAAUUGAUACGGUACAACAUUAUAAUAUUUGGUUGUGUGGAUGGUUAUUCCAGGAAGGUAAUGUACUUGAAUGCAGCAAACAACAACCAGGCAUCAACAGCAUACCAGUUCUUCUCAGAAGCAAUCCAAAAAUUUGGUCUACCAUCUAGGGUCAGGGGAGACCAAGGAGUAGAGAAUAUUAAAAUUGUCAGGUUCAUGUUUUCUUCAAGAGGCACUGACCGUGGUAGUUUCAUAUCUGGUAAAAGUGUCCAUAAUCAGAGGAUUGAGCGCCUUUGGUGUGACGUCAGAGUCAUGGUUACCAACAAGUACUCCGAAAUGCUGCACUCCCUUGAGGCAGAAGGAUUGCUGGACUUAUCUGUGGUUGAGGACCUUUUCAGUGUGCACUACAGUUUUCUUCCAAGACUUCAGGCAGACUUGGACACAUUUGCAGAAGCUUGGAAUUACCAUCCACUCUCCUCAGAAGGGAAUUGAAGUCCAGAGCAGCUGUGGCAGAUUGGGUUGAUGCACAAAACCAUUGACCAACCAGAGAGUUACGAGGACAUUGAAGAGCCAGAUCUAGACUGGGACACAGCAGCUUCAUACGAUGCCUGUGAAGAUUUGGGAGUUGUUGUUCCAGAAUUUCAAUGCCCUUUGAGUCAAGAUGGGUUAAGGGC